AUGUCUCCAAGGUCUAUUCAGACCGACUUGCUCCUAACUUUCCGGCCAUAUCUUUACAGAAUUGUAUCCAAACCUUCCUCAUUGAAGAGAUCUCUGGUGACUGACCAUAGGAACAGGAUAUCAAACUUCUUCAUCCCCACAGGAGGAAUUGCCUAUGACAAAAAUACCCGAGUGGACGUUCAUUCUACCUUGAUUCGAGCAGGAUACAUCCGUCAGGCUACCUUAUUCUGGAUUCUUUCAUUAUCUACCUCUUGGUCAAAGAGUUCACGAAAAAGUGGAACGGUUGAUUGA